UGUCAAUCAAAUGUCAGUGUCACAUUUUUACACUUGCGAUUUCAUCAGAUUGUUUGAAAAAAGAAAAUGUUGGAUUAAUUAGAUAAUUAUUACGAUUAUUGUUAUAUUUCAAAGUGUGAUAUACAUGACUAUUGUUUGCCUGCAACUGCUUUCCAGUAACAGCUGUUAAAAACGAAAGUUACCAGAAAUUAUCUGCAAGUACAAAAAGAAGAAACAGGCGACAUAAACUUAAAUCAAUCUUAUCACAGACUCAGAAUAACUUUACAAAUAAUUCAAAUAAAAUAGACAACAUAAGCCAUCCAGAAAUAACUAAAGACUCCAAUAAAAAUUUAAUAGUGAAACACAAUAUCCUAGGAGAUGUGCAAGAUAGUUUAUUAAAAAACAAAGUAGAAGAAAAUAUAAAAAUGUCAUCAACAGACAACAAAUCUAGGGAAGAAGUAAUGGCUGCCAGGCAGGCAAAGAAGCAGGCCAAACAAAAAGGCAAAGGGAAAGAACCAGUACAAAACGAAACAAAAGAACAAAUCACACCAAAACCUGUUGCUCCAAAAGCAGAGCCAGCGCCACCUACUGAGCAAAAAGUGACAGAAGAACAAAAGCCUGUCAAAGAACUUAAGGAACCUACUUCCAAAGGCAAGGAUGAAGUGGACAGAGUUGCUAAGGUAGACCCUGUUAUUGAAGGUGCUAAUAGAAGUAAAGAGGAUAUUAAAGCAGAAAGAGCUGCAAAGAAGGCUGCUAAGCAAGCUAAGAAGAAAGGGGCAACUGAAGGAGAAGGAGAAGUGAAGGUUCCCGAAAAACCUGCUGUAAAGGAGGUUAGUAAACCUGUCAAUGAAGAUAUGACUGUAAAAGAUGUAGUAGAAACUCUCAGAGAUAUUGCCAAUGUAGCUAAGGAGAUGAAAGAUGUAACUGUUAAAGUUAGUGCUAUUGAUCUAAGUGGUAAAAAGGCUGAAGAAAGUAACAAAAGCAAGGCUGAAUUAAAGGCUGAAAGACGAGCAAAGCAGGAAGCUCAGAGAGCUGCUAAACAAGCUGCGCAGGAGAAGGCUGCAGCUGCUGCCAAACCUAAGGUAGAACCCAAGUCUGCUGAAGGAGAUGCUGCUAAGGUUAAAGAGGAGAAAGCACAAAAACAGAAAACUUUAGAGAAGUCUAAAGUGAAGAGCGGUAACAGAGUCAAUUGGUUCCAACAUUUGUAUAAAGAACAUGACAAAGAGGCACUCAAGUCUAUUGCAAUCAACUCCAACUUGCACCCAGCCAUUGUGAAGUUGGGCGUACAGUUGGCGUCCAAGGUUGUCAGCGGUUCAAACGCUAGAUGCGUUGCACUCCUCGAUGCUCUUAAAAAGAUGGUACGUGAUUACACGCUCCCAGCUAAGACGGAAUUCGCUCGAGGACUGGAGUCGCAUCUAGCUACCAGUCUGGACUUCCUUUGGGCCAUGCGCUCGCCUUCAGCUUCCCAAACCAAUGCCAUCAAAUUCUUCAGAUACCACCUCACACAAUUACCCAAUAACGUCGAUGAGUUUGAUGCAAAGAAGACGUUGCAAGAAGAGAUAGACAGAUACAUAAAGGAACAAAUAGAUAUGGCGGGCGAGGCGAUCAGUAUAACUGUGCGCAACAAAAUAUCUGAAGGAGACAACAUACUUACUUAUGGAUGUUCAUCUCUAAUCGAGCGCAUUCUUCGGGACGCUUGGUCCGCUGGCAAAAAGUUCAGGACCGUUAUAGUGGGCAACCGCGUCCAGACCUCCGCCACGCAAAUGUUGCGGCGACUCGUCACUCAUGGACUGCCUUGCACCUACAUUGAUAUUACUUCUCUAUCUUCUGUUAUGGAUAAGGUGAACAAAGUGGUACUAGGCGCGAGUGCCCUCCUAGUGAAUGGGUCAGUGCUGGGCGCGGCGGGGACCGCGCAGGUGGCGCUGGGGGCGUGGGCUCGUAACGUGCCCGUACUCGUCGCCUGCGAGACGCAUAAGUUCUCCGAGCGAGUACAGACUGAUGCCUUCGUUUACAAUGAGAUUGGUGAUCCGGACGACUUAAUCGACAAAUCGGACGACAACUCCCCACUGAAGGAUUGGCGGUCGAACCCCAACCUGACGCCACUAAACCUCACCUAUGACGUCACACCACCAAGCCUCGUCACCGCCGUAGUCACGGAACUCGCCAUCCUACCAUGCACUAGUGCGCCCGUCGUACUAAGAUUCAAAUUGUCAGAAUAUGGAGUGUAAAUAAAUAAAUAAAAUAUAAAGAAAUAUACUUUAUUUUAUGUACAGACCUUGAUGGUCGAGUUAAUUUAAUCUGUUCAAUAGAUUACAGACCUUA